AUGCCAGUAACUCCUAAGACAACUGAUCUAUCAAAUAAUUUGCCCAAAUCUGCAACAAACGACUCAAUGUCGGGGACCGACGACCAAACUCAUAAGUCAGAUGAUCAUCCCGAUGGAACCUCCUUACCGAGUAGUGAAUUACUGUGUCCGUGCAAAUUCAAUAAACCCGUUUGUUCUCUUGGAUGCCAGCAAGCAAGGUUAUUUAGCUCUCCAGACACAUGUGCACGUUGUAUUGAUCGUCUACAUGCGAUACUACAUGCAGCAGCUAGCGAAUUAUCCAUUCUACGAACGGAGAAUAUGGAACUGAAACAGUUAUUGGAAUCUAAAAGGAAAGCUCUUUCCAUAUUUCAAAGAGAACUGAAUGUAUUAGAAUCUAAUGGUAGCACAGGCGCCAAGAUGCCUAAUUCUCAGGAGCUUGAAUUGAAACAGGAGAACGAACGUCUGUCUGGUGAACUGGCACUCGCUCGAGGCAGAUUAGACAGUUUAAAAAUUGCUUGGGAAGACUGUUUUAAACGAUUGAAAGACGAAAAUGAAAAGCUGCACAAAACCGUUUCUGAGCUUCAGUUAGCUCCAAAAGAAUCAAAAAUGGGCCUUAUGAGUAAAUCUGAGGUCACCUCUUCAGAAUUAAAACAGGUAAAUGCCUCCUCUAUGCUGCCAAAUGGGGAUGAAGGAGGCGCCAAGCUACCGCUCGAGAGCUCAGCAAAAGAACCUGUUAAGUGCAGAUGCUCUCAUUCACUUCAAGUUGAUCAUCUUAAGAGAUGUAUUGAAGAGCUAAAGGCAAAUGAGAUGAGUCAACGGGAUCGUGCGGAUGAUCUGAGUAUCUCCUUGGAAGCAUACAAAAUGGCUCUUGAAAAACAGUUUAACGAAAGCAGAAAGUUCAUCAAACACCUCUCAAAACUGUUGGGAAAUUCAUCUACAUCUGAAGAAGCAAAAUCCACAGAAACCCUGGAUUCUGCGCUAAGCGAUGAGUUGACUCACUGGAUUGAGCAGGCACUGAAAUCCGCAGUGCAUGAGAGUGGGAAUCGUAUUCAACUCAGAAAUGGCGAUUCUCACCCAAGCAGUGAUGUCUUUUCCCCCUCAUCCUCUCCUUUAAUUGCUCCCCAUUCACCUCCCAAAGAAGUCUUAUCUGUCGAUAAGCAGUAUCGUAGGCACCCUGUAAACGAUCGGAGCAGAGGCCGAACGACGACUAUGAGGCUGCAAGCUCUAUCUAAAGCGCUGGACUUUCCGCAUGGCACAUCGAUGCCAACGUCAACGAAGGUUUCUCCGUUGGAAACUCUCCUUUUAAUGGUGAAUGAAGUUCUAGAAAAGUUGACGGAGGGUAAGAUGGAGGAAUAUAUCCAUAGUGGAAGAUUCAGGAUAUGGCAAGAAAGGGUUUUACACCACCAAUCGACCCAAAUGGUGACGAGAAUUGUUUGA